AUGGAGAGGCAACUUGAAAAUCUCCAACUCCAUGAACAGCAGCGCCUUCUGCCGCAGCCUAUGGAGCACAACCAGUACACCUCAUUUCCUCCUCGUAAUAAAUCGCCUGGCACAGUCAGAGCGAAGGCUGGCGACAGAGGUCAAUACUCGCAAGUAUUCGAGCGCGCCCCGGCCAGCCCCAGGGCCGCCACGUUAGGUCGUAUCAAGCGCAGUGCCUUGGCUGAUGAACCAAAUACGUCAUCGGCUCUACAAACUCAAACUUUGGACCGUAAGAAGACAGUAGGUGGACCUAAGUGUCUCGCGACAGUACACGGGCCUGGGCGAGGAAGAGGCAGAGGUACUAUUCAAAGACCAAGAGGUCCGGUCAUCGAGCAGCUUAUUGCAGAAGAGUGCGGUAAUAUUAACAGAAGUCAGGACGACCUUGAUGAUUCGGAAGAUCCUGACGAAGCGUAAGUAUUCAUGAGAAUGUUGUAAAAUUUUUUAAAAUGAAUACCGUAAAUCUCUGUUUCUUCACCAACGAAAAAUUUCAAAAUGUUCUUAUAAUUUUGUUACAGUCAUAUCUGUAAAGAUUAUCUGUGCAUCAAAAAAAAUGUUUUUUUCAAUCAUAGCAGCGCUUAGAAAAUAAACAAAUUUUCAUUUUUUAGAGACACAAAAAAAGAUUUUCUUUAUCCGAUCAUAUAA